UGGUGUGUGUUCACCAUGAGAGGAGGAACGAAGCUCAAAUCCACCAGAGCUCACGGCCAUGGCCGCUGCCACCGAGCAGCUCCUCCUCCCCCAGGAGCAGCCCCGCCGUCGCCCACCGGUAUGGGGGCUCACGGUUGCUGCCCUUCUGCUGGUGCUGCUGCUCGCCGCCACCGGCCCUCUCCGUCCUAGGCUGUUCCGCGCGCCACCGCCAGCAGAGCGCGUCGCGCUUACCCUCCUCUCUGGCGCGAAGGAGAAGGGUGCAGUGUGCGUGGACGGAACACCGCCCGGUUACCACCUGCAGAGGGGCUCCGGCGACGGCGCCGACCGCUGGCUCGUCCAUCUAGAGGGAGGAGGCUGGUGCAGCACAGUCAAGGAAUGUUCGGGCAGCAGACUGUCCACCAAAGGUUCAUCCAACUUCAUGAAACCGAUACGGUUCAUGGGUAAUGGGAUCCUCGGCGGCGAUCAGCUACAGAAUCCUGAUUUCUACAACUGGAACAAAGUCUACGUGCGGUACUGCGAUGGGGCGUCGUUUUCUGGGGACGCGGAAGCUCAAGCACAGGAUGGAACCACACUAUACUUCAGAGGAUUGCGUAUCUAUGAAGCGGUUAUUGAUGAACUCAUGGAAAAAGGACUCACAAAUGCAACACAGGCCCUCUUUACAGGCUGCUCUGCUGGUGCUCUAUCCAUGAUGCUGCAUUGCGAUGAUUUUCGUGCAAGAUUUCCGCAGGAGGUUUCAGUUAAAUGCUUUGCAGAUGCUGGGUUUUUCCUUGAUGAAAAGGAUAUAUCCGGAAAAAGGUCCCUUUGGUCUCUCUACGACAGAGUCAUUCACCUCCAGAAUGUUAGAAAAGUGUUGCCCAAGGACUGCCUUGCCAACAAGGAGCCAACCGAGUGUUUCUUCCCGGCAGAGCUUAUCAAGAGCAUCCGCACCCCCAUGUUUAUUCUCAACCCUAGUUAUGAUUCAUGGCAGAUACGAAAUGUUCUUGUACCUGAUUCAUCUGCUCCUGGCAAGUCAUGGUUGAGUUGCAAGGAAAAUAUCCGAAACUGCAAUUCUACACAAGUUGAAGUCCUCGAUGGAUUAAGGAAUAAGAUGGUCAAUGACUUGAAGGUCGUCGAAGAUAAGGAGGACUGGGGCAUGUUCAUCGAUUCAUGCUUCACGCACUGCCAAUCGCUCUCCGGCGUGUCUUGGCAUUCACCAACCUCCCCGAGGCUUGAAAAUAAGACCAUUGCAGAAGCUGUUGGAGACUGGCACUCUGGAAGGAGCCAAGGAGCGAAAGAGAUUGACUGCAAGUAUCAGUGCAACCCAACAUGCAACAGUUUGCCGCCUCCACGAGAUGUUACUGCAUUUGACCAUGUCGAGAUCUACUAAGUAAAGGUUCAAGCAUAUUGUACUGGCCAUAAAAAUGAAAAUAAUAUUCAUCAUGAAUGAAAAUAAUCAUCAUCAGGAUAUUCAAGUUAGCUUUUCUUUUUGUUUACCGGGAUCGUAUGGGUUUCAACUCUAGCUUAUAACAACUUGUUUGAGACUCAAAAGGCUUUGUUGUUGUAUUUUAUAGUUAAAGCGCCAAGCCGGUAUGUGGAAUUUCCGAAAGAAGGAGCGGAGUUGUUUUUCUUA